AUCAACCUCUGUCUGUAUAACCCAAACUCGCCAUGAUGAGCUCUUCGGAACCUUCUUCCUUCAUUCCCUCCGAGAAACCCCUAAACCCAAACCUAAAUCAUCUUAACACUUUUGACACCAGUACUCCGGAGAAGUCGCCGGAGAUCUCUUCUGGCAGACGGAAAGAUAAGACAAAGGUCAAUGCCGACGUGCCUGAUUUACCCAAAAGCUGUGGGACUCUUGGAGAGUUUUUCAGCAUUUUGUAUAAUUCGAUUUUGUUGCGGCGGAAAGGUCCGGCCACGAAUUUCACGAAUAUUCGCCCGAUAAUCGAGCGUUUAACCAAUAAUAGGUUUACUUAUAGUUACUUGGCUCAGUUGAAAUUUAUUUUACCUGAGGUAAUCGAGAUAAAGAAGACACGAAUAUUCAAUGAGAAAACGAGUUGUAUGGAGCCAGAUCUUCAUAUUGCUUUGAAUUUGGACGCAUUAGACAGUAGGAAGUUGAAAUCUGAAGGUUGGAAUUCGUACCUGAGAAGGGUCAUCCAAUCCCGGCUUGCAGAUUUUUCAAGAUCUCAUCCUGAGGUUCUUGAAGUUCCAAAAGGAAUGCUGCCAGAGCCAUUUAGUGUUCAAGGGCAAGGUGACAAUUCAGGCUUUAUCAAAGUCCCGCCAUCAUCUUCUUGUGAGGCAGUAUCUGAUGUGCAAUAUGUUGAUCAAGAAUCUGAGGAACCUAAAAUCCAACAAUCAGCAGUGCAUUUCCCUCCCACUUUCCAAAGACGCUUAUCUCAAAGACAGAGAAGCAAAGAAGUAGACAACAACAUGACCCCAAAAUCAUUCGAGCCUUCAGUCCAAUCUUCAGGUGAUUUGGUUGCUCACUCAGGCCCCAACACAGCUUCAUCCAGUAAGGAAGUGGAUUUUGGUGUAGAUUUUUGCCCAACGAAUGCAACUCCGAGUGAAGUGCUAUCUACACCAGCCACACCUGCGUUGUCUCAACGAAAGAGAAGUUGCAUGAGCCCAAAGGAUAAUUCUAUUAGCGACAAGUUGGCUAGGCGACCAUCCUGUGCUAAAUCAUUACAAUUUGACAGUCUUGAGAAGAAAAACAGAGAUAAUGGUGAAGUCUUUGAUACAAAUGGUGUCUCAACCGUUAAGGACCUUGUUGAUAUUCCUCCUGAGAAACUUUUGAAAUCGAUUAGUGAGAAUGAGAUCAAAGCUAAGGAGGAACGAGAUUCAGCUAUCCCACUAGCAAAGAGGAGGAAAGAGACGAUUGCCAGCCUACCUAAGCUUUUCAACACGAUUCAUUUCUUAUUUCAGUCAAUAGAUCGUUCUGUUAUCAUUAAGGAAGACGUUAUGCACAAGAUAAUCUCAAACCAUUCAAAUAUUGUUGACAGAAGAGAAGUUGAAGAGCAGCUUAGCUUGUUGCUGAAACUGGCUCCGGACUGGAUUUCUGAGAAGUUUGGAGUUGGUGGGGAUUUGUUUCUCCGCAUUGACAAAACGAGGAGUCCUGAGUCAAUUCGCUCACGUCUUGAAGCAGUAAACUGAGGCCGUUAUCAACUUUUUUACUACUCUCGAAAUAUACGUUACUAAAAUAUAUAUACAUACAUAUUUACGUUAGAUCUUUAAAUUUUUAAUGGUGAAUUUUUAAUUUAUAGA